AUGAGCAGUGUCACGAGCACUGUUCGUCGUUCAGCCCGAGCUGAAGCAAAGAAAACGCCUUCAAAUGCUGUGGCAGAUCGCUUGAAGGCGACGGAAGAAGCUCUACGAGCUGCGCAAGCUACUAUUGCCCGACAGGAAAAGAGAGAGCAAGAGCUGAGACGCUUGGUUGUUUCACAUGGCAUUGCUCAAGAAGCUACUGAGGCCAACCCAGCAGUAGAAGCAAAAGUUGGUGCACUCAAAACAGUGCACGAACAGAAAGUACGAGCUCUGAUGCGCUCGAUCAACCAACUCCAAGAGCAACUUCAAGGGCUGAAAGCUCAAGAAAAAGAGCACCGACGGUCGGCGCUGAUCCAGGAUCUGCGGACGCAACAACGCGAGCAAGAGCUUCUUAUCGAUGUCUUGAAGCAGACACUACAGGAGAAAGUCUCCGAAUUCCAAGAUUCGCGAGCACUUGUGAACGAUUUUGUACUUAAGAAAACCGCCGGUGGUCCUAUGAGGUUUCGUCCGAAAACUCGCGAGGAACUUGAGAAUGAACUCCAAACACUUGGUCAGAACUUCCAGCGGACAGUGGAGAAACUCAAGCAAGACAGUCAACGCAACGCAGCACCAAAAGAGGAGAAACCUUAUGAAAAUGAUCAAGAAGAAGAUGAAGAUGAAAAGACAGAGGAGAAGGAUACAAACAAUCCCACUGCUGAUGCAGCACUUUACGAGGAACUCGAGCAGCUUCGAGCUCAAGUAGCCUCAAAGUCGGUGACAAUCCACGCUCAAGCAGAAGAAAUGACUGAGGUGUACACGGAACUGGAUAAAUUGAGAGUUGUCGAGGACCAAAUCGUGCGGAAAAAACACAAAAUUGCCCUGCUGAGGGAGCAACUGGAGCGUCAACAAGCGGACAACGUUGAGCUGGUCCAAGAGAAGGAAGAAUUGGCUGAGAAAUACUUACAGCUACAAGAGGAGACUCAAUUUUUACGAGAUAUCACUAUGGAGGACGCCGGUGCAAAAGAUGAGGAACGAUUACAGCAGCUCGAGCUCAUCCAAACAUUACGUUCUCGAGAAUUAGAACUUCAAGAUGAAUUAGAACGUCAGCAGAAGAAAUGGGCCACAGACCGUGACACUGUACACCAGCGACUUCGGUUACUGGAGAAGGAGAAGAAGAUCGCCGAAGAAGAAGUUGAAAGAGGUGCAACAGAACUGGCGAGUCUUCAGAGGAAACAUGAUGUAUUACAACAAGAAGCACAGGCAUUGAGGAUCGCUGUGCAAGACGAGCAGGACCAAAAACUACUCUUAUCCAGCAAAAUUGAGGAACUCGAUACAAAAGUACUUCAGCUCGAAGCUCUAUCACAAGAAGAACGCGAAAACAGCGCUCGAGCAACGGCGGAAAAGGUUGCUGCAUUGGAAAAAUGUGUCGAAGAGAAGACGAUGGCGGUCAAAAAGGCAGACCGCCAACUGAAUGCUGCCAAAUUACUUGCUCGCCAGGCCAAAAAGGAAAAAGAAAAUCUAUCGCUCCGUGUAUCCAAGCUCGAAGCAGAUUUAGCUGGCCGCACAAUUUCGAGCUGAGCUCAACAUCAACUAUAUUUUACUUGCAAACGUAAAAUAUUUGGAUUGUUUGCGAUGCUAAAACCAAAUAAAUGACUCCACAUCGAAGC